AAUGAGAGUGAGACAACGUAUAAAAGCAAACAAAAUAACACAGUGGCAUAAAUGGUAAAUAAGAGUCAAACUGUGGUCAGAAUUUCAACGUCCCGCAACCACAAAACAGAGUUUUCAAAUUCACUCAUCGUCGUCGUCUGCUUCUUCUCCGUCAAUCUCUCUCUCUCUCCGUCGCUAUCAUUUUUCUCUCUCUAAAGCAACAAAACACCAAAAGCGUCUCUGAAUUUGACGGCUCCGCUACAUUUAGCGGUAAAAUUCUCAUCUCAAUCUCAAUCGCUCGCUGCACUAUCUAUCUUCCUCUCUCUACAUUUUCUCUCACUUAAGCCUUAGCAAUUCACUUCACUUUGCGCCUCUUUUUUCCACAUUCGUUUGUUGAAUUGGUGCACCAGAUCUGCAUCGUGCUGCACCAGAUCGGAGCACAGAGAUGGAGGAGGCGCUGGAACUGGCGAGGGCGAAGGACACGAAGGAGCGGAUGGCGGGAGUGGAGAGACUACACCAGGUUCUAGAAUCUUCAAGGAAGGCGCUGACGUCAUCGGAGGUUACGUCGCUUGUGGACUCGUGCAUGGAUCUGCUUAAGGACAACAACUUCAGGGUCUCACAGGGCGCUCUUCAGUCCCUAGCCUCCGCCGCAGUCCUCUCCGGCGACCACUUCAAGCUCCAUUUUAACGCCCUACUCCCGGCCGUCGUCGAUCGGCUCGGUGACGCCAAGCAACCUGUUCGUGAUGCCGCCCGCAGGCUCCUGCUCACUCUCAUGGAGGUUUCUUCUCCUACAAUAAUCGUUGAACGAGCAGGAUCCUCUGCGUGGGCCCACAGAAGUUGGAGAGUCAGAGAGGAGUUCACACGAACUGUUACAUCAGCAAUUAAUCUAUUUUCAUCUACUGAGCUUCCACUUCAACGGGUCAUCCUUCCUCCUGUUUUGCAUUUGCUCAAUGAUCCAAACCCUGCCGUUCGUGAUGCAGCUAUUUUGUGCAUUGAGGAGAUGUAUGCUCAAGCUGGCCCUCAAUUUCGUGAUGAACUUCAACGCCACAAUCUUCCAUCAUCUUUGGUAAAAGAUAUUAAUGCCAGGCUAGAGGGAAUUCAACCAAAAGUCCGCUCUUCAGAUGGUGUUCCGAGUGGUUAUAUCACUGGGGAAAUUAAGCCUUUAAAUACCAAGAAAAGUAGUCCAAAGGCUAAAAGUUCAUCAAGGGAGACCUCUCUAUUUGGAGGGGAAGGUGACGUUACUGAGAAGCCUAUAGACCCUAUCAAGGUAUAUUCAGAGAAGGAGUUAACCAGGGAAAUUGAGAAGAUUGCAUCUACUCUUGUACCAGAAAAAGAUUGGUCAAUUCGUAUUGCUGCUAUGCAGAGAGUUGAAGGUCUUGUUCUAGGAGGUGUUGCUGAUUAUCCAAGUUUCCGGGGACUCUUGAAGCAACUUGUUGGACCUUUGAGCACACAGUUGUCCGACAGAAGGUCUAGCAUUGUGAAGCAGGCUUGCCAUCUACUUUGCUUUUUAUCCAAGGAACUCUUGGGGGAUUUUGAAGCUUGUGCUGAAAUGUUUAUACCAGUCCUUUUCAAGCUGGUUGUGAUUACUGUGCUUGUAAUUGCAGAGUCAGCAGAUAAUUGCAUAAAAACGAUGCUGCGCAACUGCAAAGUUGCUCGUGUGCUUCCUCGUAUAGCUGAUUGCGCAAAGAAUGAUCGAAAUGCAGUUCUUCGUGCUAGGUGUUGUGAAUAUGCCCUUUUGGUCCUAGAACAUUGGCCUGAUGCACCAGAAAUACAUCGAUCAGCUGAUUUAUACGAGGAUAUGAUAAAGUGUUGUGUUUCAGAUGCAAUGAGUGAGGUACGAUCUACAGCAAGGAUAUGCUACAGAAUGUUUGCAAAAACUUGGCCAGAGCGUUCUCGACGUUUAUUCUCAUCCUUUGACCCUGUAAUCCAGAGGUUAAUAAAUGAAGAGGAUGGAGGAAUACAUAGGCGACAUGCUUCCCCUUCCAUUCGUGAUAAAGGCGCACUGAUGACUUUACCAAGUCAAGCCUCUGCUUCCUCUAAUGUACCUGGUUAUGGAACUUCUGCUAUUGUCGCAAUGGAUAGAAGUUCAAGUGUAUCAUCAGGGACAUCUGUCUCUUCUGGCAUACUUCUUUCACAAGCUAAGUCACUUGGUAAGGGUAAUGAACGCAGUUUGGAAAGUGUAUUGCAUGCUAGCAAACAGAAGGUCACUGCUAUUGAAAGCAUGCUUAGAGGCUUGGAUUUGUCUGAUAAGCAUAAUUCAUCUCUCCGGUCAUCAAGUUUGGAUCUAGGAGUUGACCCUCCAUCAUCUCGUGAUCCACCAUUCCCAGCUGCUGUUCCUGCGUCUAAUCAUCUGACAAGCUCUUCAACAACAGAAUCAACUACUUCUGGCGUCAAUAAAAGUAGUAAUCGAAAUGGUGGUCUUGGUUUAUCUGACAUAAUCACUCAAAUUCAAGCUUCGAAAGAUUCUGCCAAGUUUUCAUAUCAUAGUAAUGUCAGUGCUGAGACUUUAUCAUCAUUAUCUUUAUAUUCAAGUAAAAGGACUUCUGAAAGAUUGCAGGAAAGACGUUCUUUUGAUGACAAUAGUGACAUUCGAGAGGCUAGGAGAUUUAUGAAGGCCAACACUGAUAAGCAUUAUUUGGAUGCUCCAUAUAGAGAUGUAAACUUAAGGGAUUCACAUAAUAGUAAUGUGCCUAAUUUCCAGAGGCCGCUGUUGAGAAAGAAUGUUACUGGGCGUAUGUCUGCUGGCAGGAGGAGGAGUUUUGAUGAUAACCAGCUUUCUCUUGGAGAGGUGUCAAAUUAUUCAGAUGGUCCAGCAUCUCUUAAUGAAGCUUUGAGUGAAGGACUUACUUCAGGGUCUGACUGGUCUGCCAGGGUUGCUGCCUUCAAUUAUCUUCACUCUUUGUUGCAGCUAGGUCCAAAGGGGGUUCAAGAAGUUGUCCAAAAUUUUGAGAAGGUAAUGAAGUUGUUUUUCCAGCAUUUAGAUGAUCCCCAUCAUAAGGUUGCACAGGCUGCUCUUUCUACUCUUGCGGAUAUAGUUGCAGCAUGCCGAAAGCCUUUUGAGGGUUACAUGGAAAGAAUAUUGCCACAUGUCUUUUCACGUUUAAUAGACCCUAAAGAGCUUGUUAGACAGCCUUGUUCAACCACCUUGGAAGUUGUUAGCAAAACUUACAGUAUAGAUUCACUCUUACCUGCAUUGUUACGCUCACUAGAUGAACAAAGGUCUCCCAAGGCUAAGUUGGCUGUUAUCGAAUUUGCCAUCAGUUCUUUUAAGAAGCAUGCAAUGAAUCCAGAAGGUGCUGCUAAUAUUGGCAUCCUAAAAUUAUGGCUUGCCAAGUUAGCCCCAUUGGUUUAUGAUAAAAAUACAAAACUUAAAGAAAAUGCCAUUACAUGCAUUAUAUCAGUGUACUCCCACUUUGAUUCAACUGCAGUUCUUAACUUCAUACUUAGUUUGUCAGUUGAAGAACAAAAUUCUUUGAGACGAGCACUUAAACAAUACACUCCUCGCAUUGAAGUAGACCUAAUGAAUUAUCUGCAAAGCAAGAAAGAUCGGCGUUCUAAGUCUUCCUUUGAUCCUUCUGAUGUUGUGGGGUCAUCCUCAGAAGAUGGAUAUGUUGGUUUCUCUAGAAAAGCUCAAUACCUUGGAAGGUAUUCUGCUGGUUCCUUAGAUGGUGAUAGUGGCAGAAAGUGGAGUUCUCAAGAUUCAACCCUGAUUAAAGCCAGUCUUGGCCAGACAGCUUCAGUUAAUCCAGUGGGACAAAACUUUGGCUCUCAAACUAGCCAACUUGGACAUGUGGACAAUAGCUUGAAUUAUGAGGGUCUUUCAAUUCCUCAUCUUGAUGAUAAUGGUCUGGUGUCAUUAGAGCAAUUAAAUGGUGCUGAAGCAUAUGUACAUGACAAAGAACAUUCUUCUGAAUUGGAACUGAACCAUCACUUAGCUGAAGCUGUAAAGGUUAAUUCCAUGACUGACACAGGACCCAGCAUUCCUCAAAUUCUUCAUAUGAUAUGCAGCGAGGGUGAUGGCAGCCCUAUUUCAAGUAAACGGACAGCACUUCAACAGUUAGUUGACGCUUCUAUAACAAAUGAUCAUUCUGUUUGGACUAAGUACUUCAAUCAGAUUUUGACAGUUGUUCUUGAGGUGCUGGAUGAUUCAGAUUCCUCAAUCAGAGAGCUUUCUCUUUCACUGAUAGUUGAGAUGCUUAAAAAUCAGAAAGAUGCAAUGGAGAACUCAGUUGAGAUUGUAAUUGAGAAGCUGCUUCAUGUCACAAAAGAUAUAAUUCCGAAGGUCUCAAGUGAAUCAGAGCACUGCCUGAACAUUGUUUUGUCCCAGUAUGAUCCAUUCAGAUGUUUAAGUGUUAUAGUCCCUCUUCUGGUUACAGAGGAUGAGAAAACUCUUGUCACUUGCAUAAAUUGCUUGACAAAGCUUGUUGGCCGGCUGUCUCAGGAGGAACUGAUGGCUCAGUUACCUUCAUUUCUACCUGCUCUUUUUGAAGCUUUCGGAAACCAGAGUGCAGAUGUUCGCAAGACCGUUGUUUUCUGUCUUGUGGACAUCUAUAUCAUGCUUGGGAAAGCAUUCUUGCCAUAUUUGCAAGGGCUUAACAGCACACAGUUGAAGUUGGUCACUAUUUAUGCGAAUAGAAUCUCACAAGCGAGGACAGGCAAAGCCAUUGAUGCCUCUCAUGAUUAGCAUGCUCAUUCAGAAGUAAAUUUGUGAUUUUUGGGUGUUAUUAUUCUUUGUUGUGUAUUUUGUAUAUUUGCGUGCAUGAAUUUUAGAGGUCCGUUUCCUCUGUUUUAUAAAAUAUAGUUUUGGUCUUUACUUUUUCUAUGCCAAUGUUUAUUCGAAUUUAGAGGUGCUGGUGGUGAUCUGGUGGAAUGCAGUGACACAUGUAAUGUAUAUUGAGUAAACAUUAUUGAUUUGAUUGUACUACAUUCUUUUAGUGGUUCAUUUACUUUUUUA